UAAGUCGCAAUCGUGCCGCGCCAAGAACGACGACUGCCUGACUCUGCCUCGCAAUCGUGAAUCAAUAUAGUAAAGUUGUUUUUCGUUCUUUUUUAUUAUUUCGUUCUCGGCACUUCCGCACCCGAGUUUGCCCAAAAUGUGACGAAGCGGAGGCUUCCUCGACGCGCUUUAGCGCGUCCGAAUUGAAGUGUCCUCGAUAGAGGAGAAAGCCUCCUAUUUUUUCAAACUUCGCCUCCGUGAUCAAACUGCCGAUCGACGUCCACAGCUGAAUUGAAACGUUUCCCACCGAGGAAAGCAACGAGUAAUUACGAUAUUCGUUUUGAAAACGCCCCAGGAUUAUUGUGUUCAUCAUGGAUUCACGUGGAUCUCUCGCGCAUUAACGCCGCGCCGCCCGAAACCGAAUAAACGAAUUAUUGUUUAUGAAACGGUAGAUAGAGAUAUUUGAUGAAAUAUUUUCGCGGCGCGCGGAGCGAUAUAAAACGGACUGACGUGUUCAAUCUUUACGCGAAUAAAUGACGGAAUUUGUUGAAUUCCAGGCCGCGCGGUAUCGCCAUCGCGUGCAAUGUGCGUCGCGUUAUUCUAUCGCUUGCAGACGGUGACACGCCGAGGCGCCGUGCGCGAAUAUAUAUAACGACGGAAAUGUCGCUUAGCUAACGGAGCAGUGGGCACGCGGGGCGAAGCGAACCAGGCGCAGCAGGUGUGUGCGAAAGGUGAGACGCGCCGCUUUAAAGCCGCUUUGACUCUUUAAUCCGCCCGCGCCCGCCGGUGUGAUGUUGCCGCGAUGUCCCUCACCUCGAGAACAAACAGAUGGGCCUCGAGAGUGAUCAUUAUAUUACAGCUGGCGACCUGGAACGCCGUCGGCAUCGUUCUCCUUCACCGAGGCGUCAGCACGCUGCGCAGGAGAAUCCUGGAGACCAGCUAUGUCGAGGCAGAUCCACCGACCGGCUUGGAAUCCAUCGUGUCGUCUACGAGACGCGACGGAAGUGAAUACGAUCUAUCCACCCAGCGGCAAUCGAUCGACAAGAACGUGGAGAUAAUAAUUCAGAUAGAUCCGGAUGGAUCGUCUCCGCGGUCCGACAGGAAUCUCUUUGGAUUAGGCGCGAUGAGGGACGAGCGAUUGAAAGACGCGUUCGAGAUCGCGUCGGAGGAGCAACGAUCCACGCUCUUCCUCGCGGAUCCUCUAGGAACGCCAAGCUCCCGACUUAGGAAUCAUUUAACUGAAACAGAUCGGCGUAUCGACGAUCGUCCCGAGAAUAACGUCGUAACGAGCAGGAUCUCGAGGGUGGCCCGUGACAGGGAGCACAUCCUUGGCAAAGGAAUCUCCCGGAGCGUCCAGGAGGAAGAGGAUACCGCCUCGAUCCUGGAUCGUUCGGGAUCGAUUUUGACGAAGGAGAAGGAAGAAGAGAAGGAGAAGAAGGAGGAGGAUUUCGCGGAAGAAGGAAACGCGACGCGAGCCACGAUACGCGAAACCACCCAGAGGACGAGUCCCGAGCAGUUCGCUCUCUGGACAGGCAAGACUGGCAAGACUGGCAAGAGCAACGUGAGAUUCUCGCGCGUGAACGAGGACAGCGCGACGACGGCCGUCGCUCUGGUGGCAAUCGGCGCGAUCAUGCUGCUGGUGGGACCGGUCGUGGUGAUACUGCGGAUCCUGGACGAGAGGAGGCAAGCGAGGAAGCUGGUCGCGUUGCCGGCGAGCGCGCGGGAGGAUCUACCGCCGACCUACGAGCAGGCCGUCCUCAUGGACGAGGCGCCGAGGUACUCGACGCUCUCUUUGAACUACGAUCACACGCCGCCGUCCUCGCCGACCCUCUCGUCCACUUACGCCUUCCAGAACGUCGCGACGUAGUUCGCGUGGAGAGGGUCCAGGUGGAGAGAACCGACGCCUUUUUAUAUGAUUACAAAGAUUUUUUAUAUAGAUAUAUACAUAUAUGUUACCGCAUCGCUGAAGAUGAUUUAAAGUGGAGUCAAUAUUAAAUGUCCGCCGCGAUUUAUAAUUAUUUGCCAACGUAUAUGCUAGUAGUUAUUAAGUAUACUCGGUCAGUCAGUUUACAAACCAAGUUGUAUUUUAUGUACUUGGCGUCGCGACGCUAUUUUGCGUCGCUUGAUCGAUAUAAUAAUUUAAUGUUAACUUACGCACCAUCAACCGCAUUGAACUUUUAAAGCCCCCUUUUUACUUGUCAUCCACUUGUUAAUAAAAGACUUAUCAUUAA